AGGAAGUGAAAUAUCCUAAUGAUGUGGUCUGGAGGAACUACACGUCUUCUUAGAGCCUUCAGCACAUUUGAGUCUGACAGGAAAGAUUAGAACAGUUUUCGAGCAGGUGUCUGACAAAACUAAAUUUAUUUCCAAAUUUAUAUUCACUGAUGGUCCCACAGCAGGAAAAUGGCUGAAGCUGAAGUUCUUUACUCUGAUAUUAAGUUCACAAGAGCGAGGGGAAACACAGAUGUGGCCACACCCUCUACAGAUGAAACCACUUAUUCCGAAGUCAAGAUCUCAAAAACUCAGCGACCUGCAGAGCUGCCUGGCUCCAAACAACCUGCAGCAUCAAACAGGCGAUCAGGGGUCACAUCGGAGCGAGUGGCCCUGCUGGUCCUCAGUGUUCUCCUGGCAGCUGCCGUCACAGCUCUUGGUGUAACCCAAAUACUCAGUCAGACAGAACCGUGCAAAGUGAAGCAGACAAGUAAACCUCCUCCAGUAAGAGAUGAAGCAUGUCCGAGGUGCGAGGACGGCUGGGAGCCACAUGGAGGAAAGUGCUACUUCUUCUCCUCGGUUACUUUAACCUGGAAUCAGAGUAGAAGACAAUGCAGAUCAAUGAGAGGAGACCUGGUUGUGAUAAACAACAGAGAGGAGCAGAGAUUCCUGGUGUCUAGACUGAGAGGAAAAAUGGACAAACCUGAGGACAGGUUCUGGAUCGGACUGACAGACUCAAAGAACGAGAGUGAAUGGCUUUGGGUGGACGACACACGACUGAAUCCAAGUUUGACGUUUUGGCGUCACUACGAGCCAGACGACUGGAAAGAGCCGAAUCCUGAUGGAGAGGACUGUGUGAGGAUGGGGGUGGAAUACCUGAAGUCCUGGAGCGAUGGAUCCUGCAAAUCGCCUCAUAAAAGUGUUUGUGAGAAACCAGAAAAAGCAUGAGCCUGAAAUCCAGUUGGAUCAGAUUGAGCUCGAGUCCUCAGCCACUUUCACAAACUGAGGCAUGAUGCUUUAUUAAUGAAGAUCUUCUCCAGAUAUAAACAACUUUGAAUAAUA